AUGUUACACUGGACCACAAUCGUUUCCUUCUUUUUCUUCUUGGGAUUUAUAAUCUGCCAGGCCCUCGGACUAUUCUUCAUUGUGCUAGCCGCCAAGAAGAAAUGCGCCCGCUACUGUCUCCCCAGACUGGUUCUAAUCGCCGGCCUCACCGUCUGCUCACUCAUCGUGCUCAUUUUCAUGCUCACCUACUUCGCUGGCUCUGCCCAAUCCGUUAAUAACUUCUUGUUUAAAGUAUAUGAGUACUUUUUUGGGACCGUCCUGACUGACGCGGAGCGGGUGGAGCUUAAACACGAGUUACGGUACUAUGGAGCCGCAUUUUUCGUCCUUUCCGCCUUGUUUUUCAUUUACAACGUCUUUGCUCUCUGGCUAACCAUCAAAUUCAAGCAAACACUCAACGAGUUCGAACCAGUGCCAACUGAGCCAACUGCUCCACAAUUGGCUCAUAAUCCCGCCUACGCCGAGCCACCACUCAAAUCCUAUCCCAAUAUGGCCUGA